AUCUUAUCAAAAUGCAUUUCUCUUUGAAGGAAGAAUCUUACGUAGUUAUUGAAAAUGGCUCUUGGAAAAUAAAGGCAGGAAUAGGCGUAGCUGAUACGAACCAGCUUCCUUCCGUGCUUCUUCAAACUGAAGUCGGAAAAAUACCCGAAACGGAAGUUGAAAAGCAUGAUUCCGAGAUGUUACAGGGAGGUACGGAGAAUCCUGAGCAAUCAACAUCAAAUUCGCCAGAAAAAGCGACAUCAACCAAGAAUUCUAAAGAACCAAGAUAUAUUUGUGGUUUGCAAUUAAAAGAAUUCAAGGAACAAUAUAAAGGCAAUAUCGUGACUUCUUUUCCGAUAAAACGUGGAAAUAUGGAAAAUUUGGAUGAAUUAGAAGCAUUAUGGCGACAUAUUCUUUUAAAGGAAUUUAAUAUCAAGAGAUCGCGUAAUGAAUGCCCGGUAAUUGUUACAGUUCCAAGUACUUGGACUAAAGUGCAAUAUGAACAAAUUGCACGAAUAUUUUUUGAAACAUUUAAUUCUCCUGGACUUUACAUAGCUAAUCAAGCAUUAAUGGCACUGUACGGAUGUGGCAGCCUUAAUGGUUUGGUUGUUGACAUCGGUUAUGGGAAAACAGAAAUAACUCCAAUAUUAGAAUGUUCAAUUCAACAUCAUGCAAUACAAACUAUUCCGAUUGGCGGCCAAGAUUUUGAUGAAUAUUUUCAUUCGUUACUUUUAUCAGACUCUCAAUUUAUUGAAGAAUAUGGAGAUACACCUGAUAUAGAUAUUGCAAGAGCACUUAAAGAAUCAGCAGAUAUUUGCGAAGUUUUGUUAGAUGCUAACAACUUGGAAGAUAAACCUGCGAGGAUGGAAGUUGAAUAUCAAGGGAGAAAAUUCACAGUUGGUCCGGAACGUUUUCGUGUUACAGAGCCUAUCUUUGACCCAAUGUUGGUUAACAAGGAAGGAGUUUUGUCAUUAACAGAAGCGAUUUACUUGACCAUAUCUAGCUGUGAACCAGACAAGCGUAACUUACUAUGGGAGAAUGUUGUGCUUACCGGGGGAUCAUCCAUCAUGAAAGGUUUAAAAGAACGUAUUAAAACCGACUUAGCACCAUAUCUUACAUUUUCUGAUAAUAGUGGAGAAUAUCAGGUAAAAGAAGCAAAAUUCUUAAAAAUUCCAGAAUAUUUUACAAAUCUUAAAGAUAGAAAUGAUUUGGCUGGGUUUUUGGGCGCCUCUAUAACAGCCAAGCUUUCAUUUCCUGAUCCUAAAGGGUUUAUUAACAAAGUUGAUUACAAUGAUCACGGGCCAAGCGUGGUGCACACAAAAAGUUACUAAAUUUUCUUCUUGUUUAAGCAUAAAGACUAAUAGAUAAAAUUAUUGAUAGAUAUAAUUCAUUCUUGUGUAUUGUUCAUAAAUCUUUCAUUUGUAUCCUCAAUUUUAUAUCUCCAAAAUUGCCCGAGUAAAUUAAAAAUUUUUUUUG